GCGCGCCGUCUAGCGUCGUUCGCCAGCACUGAAGCGAUAAGUGGCUGCCUUGGGGAGGGGAACGCUAGGCACGGGAAUCCAUCUUGGUAAUAAAAAACAACAAACCAAAAAGAAAACAAACAAAAAAAGAACAAGUGAAGGGAGAGCGAUAGCUUCCCUGGUACUCUAUCUCCCCGUUCUCACAUCGUCGACGGCGCUGUGGGGGAGCCCCGGGAAGGGCUUGCUUUGUGGGCCGCUUGUAGGAUGUCCCGUCAUGAGGGUGUGAGCUGCGACGCUUGUUUGAAGGGAAACUUCCGGGGAAGACGCUUCAAGUGUCUCAUCUGCUACGACUACGACCUGUGCGCGUCGUGCUACGAGAGCGGCGCCACCACCACGCGGCAUACCACAGAGCAUCCCAUGCAGUGUAUAUUAACCAGGGUAGACUACGAUUUGUACUAUGGCGGCGACACCUUCUCGCUGGAGCAGCACCAGGCGUUCACAUGUCCUUACUGUGGCAAGAUGGGCUUCACGGAGACGUCUUUGCAGGAGCACGUCACCGCCGAGCACCCCGAGACCUCCACCGAGGUGAUUUGUCCAAUAUGUGCCGCCUUGCCUGGCGGGGAUCCCAAUCAUGUUACAGAUGACUUCACAGCCCACCUCACACUUGAGCACAGAGCACCUAGAGAUUUAGACGAGUCCAGCAGCGUCCGGCACGUGCGGCGGAUGUUCCACCCCGGGCGGGGACUGGGCGGCCCCCGAGCGCGACGCACCAAUAUGCACUUUACCGGAGGCUCUACGGGCGGACUGUCUUCGUCCACGUCGUCGUCGCAGAGCUCCACCUAUACGCCCAGCAACAGGGAGGCCAUGGACCCCAUCGCGGAGUUGUUGUCGCAGCUGUCGGGCGUGCGGCGCGCAGCGGGCGGCCAGAUCAACUCGUCGGGGCCGUCGGCCUCGCAGCUGCAGCAGCUCCAGAUGCAGCUGCAGCUCGAGCGGCAGCAGGCGCAGGCGGCGCGACAGCAGGUCGAGACGGGCCGCCACGCCGCCCGGCGCGGCAACAACCCGACCAACGCGCCGGCCUCGGGCACCGCCGCCAUCCCGCCGCCUAGUGCGGCCGCCGCCAACACGGGCGCGCCGGCCGAAAGCAACCCCUCGUCCUCGUCCCACAACUCUCAGUUUCUAUUAGCGCGGCUGAACGAGCCCAAGAUGUCGGAGGCCGAGCGCCAGCUGGCAGAGGGCGAGCGCGCCGACCGCAGCCUGUUCGUGCAGGAGCUGCUGCUGUCCACGCUCAUGCGCGACGAGAGCUCGUCGUCCGACGAGGACGAGCGGCGGGACUUCGCCGACUUUGGCGCAAUGGGCUGCGUAGACAUCAUGCCCCUUGACGUGGCGUUGGAGCACCUGCAACUCCGCGAGAGAGCCUCCUCCUCCGCCGCCAAGGAGCCUCCGCCGCCGCCUCUUUGAUAUCCAGGCCGUGUGCAGACUCUGUCCCACCUGCUGCAACUGUCAGUGAUGGACGCCACCCCUUUCCCUCCAAAAGCCCGUCAUCCCAUACAAUUUUUGGGGGGGGAGGGUGGCAAUGAGGAUUUUGGGGGGGCGGGUGGUGUGAAUGUAAUGUCAGGCAUUUUUUUUGUUUGUUUUUACGUGUAAGUAAAACUCUAAGGAGCCGCAUACAUGACAUGAGGGACACACAUUUAAUUGUGGCUAUAACUUGCACAUAAAAUGCUUAUUUCUGGUCACAAAACUAUUGCACACAAAACAUUUGUUGUGUUGAUAACGGUAACGCCAAAAUACUAAAUUGUGGCCCCAAAAUGGGUGUAAUGUGCGCACAAAGUACUAAAUUAUAGCCGUAUAAGGUGCACAUGAAAUCCUAAUUUGUACCCAGGAAAUGAAUCUAAAAUAGGAAAAUGCUCAAUUGUGGCCCUGAAAUGGGAAUAGUGUGCGCGCCAAAUCAUAAUUUAUGGCUGUGAAAUAAGUGUAACGUGCACAAGAUAGUAAUUCACAUAAACAUUUUGUGAUCACAAGCUUGUUUCGACAAGUAUACUAAUUCUUGGGACUACAGUAUGGGUGAGAUUUUAGUUUUUUUUUAACUCAGGGCUUCUUCAUGGUUCAUGCAAAGGGCUACCAUUUCGAUACACAAUUCUGCAAUUUUUUUUAAGUGCUCAAAGUACUUUUAUGUUAUUAAAAUUUGAAGGGACAGUGCGCUCAAUUUGCUAACUCCAUAAUUGUGCAUUUUGUUUGCACGUUAUAUCUUAAUUGCCACAAUUUAAAUAUUCCCCAUCCAUGUCAUGUGUGAGGCUCGAUAAAAGUGAAACCAGAUUAAGUGGGGCUCAGCAUAGCUACGGAGUGAGUAAACGAGCAUACAUAUAUAUGAAGUUGAUAAUCAUUCAGUUCCUGCACUCAAACCCCCGCCCCCCAGCCCAAUACUUAGUCAGAGAAAAUGCUUGACGGCUAUCAACCGUUGCUUCUUACGGGAUGCAGCUCCAAACCCAAACAACUCUCACCCAUACACCCCGACCCCACCUCGCCAUGCCCCGCACCUAUAAAUAGCCCCCCCACUCCCCAUUGACAAGCCCAGAGGACGUGGGGCCCCCUCUGCCCAAGCUGCUGUUUGUUUCUGACCAUUAUCAAUAAAAAAAAAAGUGCUCGAAUGGGUUUACCGUAAUAACUACUGCAUGCGGUUCGUUGCAGCACGCAUGAUCUUUAAUCAUUCAAAAAAAAAAACUCCCAAAGCUGACACGCUAACUCUGGUUACCUUUCCUUGGAUGCCUCUAAAAUCCAGAUAGCGUGCUUCUCUUUGGGUUUGGAUGAAGAAAAACCAUAUCUGGUUAACGCAAAUCGGAAGGAGUCACAAAAACUGAUUCGUGAGUAGACACCGUGUACAGUAAUCCAUAGACGAGAGUGCUUGUGUCUGUUCACAUUUUUUUUAAUUUCCCCCCCCCCCCCCCCCCUUUCUGCUAAGGCUAGCACUUUGUAUUUAUUCAUGUUUGUUUCGGAGCCUUGACGAAUCUCGACGCCUUAGCGCCUUCUUCUAUGUUGACCCUACUGUGUACAAAACAAGAUGUAUAUUGAAUUUUGUGGCUUUAAUAAUGGUUCAAAGACA